AUGUUACCAACACCCUCAACCUCCCACGUCUCAUUCGACCGAGUCUACGAGCCCGCCGAAGACUCCUAUUUACUCCUCGACACCCUCUCCUCAGAAAGCGAAAAAGAAUUCCUCCAAGACCGUUUCACUCACAGCAAACCCCCAACCUCAACACCACCAAAAAACUCCCCCUCACCACUCAUCAUCGAAGUAGGAUCCGGAUCAGGAGUAGUCCUCUCAUUCAUCCACGCCCACGCCCUCACCAUCUUCGGCCGCUCAGACAUCCUCACAGCAGGCAUCGACGUAAACCCCCACGCUUGUCAAGCAACCAUCCAAACCAUCCGCUGCGCGGAAAAAGAGCAAGAGGUAUCAAAAACUUCUCACGGGUUUUACCUGGGGAAUGUGGCUGCGGAUCUCACGGGAGCUUUGAGGUGUGGGGAGGUGGAUGUUUUGAUCUUCAAUCCCCCUUAUGUUCCUACGCCUAACUUGCCUAGUCUGGUGGGUGAUCCAAAGCUUAGUGCUUUUGAUGCGGAUUCUCAUUUAUUGGAAUUGUCGUAUGCGGGAGGUGAGGAUGGAAUGGAGGUUACUAAUCGUCUCAUUGAGUCUUUGCCUGGGAUAUUGAGUCGGGACAGGGGAUGUGCGUAUGUUCUUCUAUGUGCUCAAAACAAACCCGAGGUAGCCAAAGAAGGGAUCAGAAAAUGGGGAAGUAGAUGGAUGGCAGAGACCGUUGGAUCCAGUGGGAAGAAUGCAGGCUGGGAGAAAUUGCAAAUAGUGAGAAUAUGGCGAGAGUCGCCGCCCAUAUCCACAACAUAG